AUGAAGGACGGUAGCAUCAAUGUAUUCAAAGGUCGAUAUAAGGUGAUUAAAAAGCUCGGAAAAGGAGCGAGUGGGAAGACUUACUUAGUGGAGGACUUCCACGAAUCUCAAAAUUGCACGAAGGUUUUGAAAGCUCUGAAGUGCAUAAAACUUGAUGAAAAUUCAGGAGCGAUUCGAAAAGAGUAUGAAAAAGAAGCAUAUCUUUUGUCGAGUCUAAAACAUCCUUAUAUACUCUGUAUUCAUGAAAGUUUUGUCGAUAAAAAUAGGUUCUGCAUUGUGUCAGAAUACUGUGAAGGGGGUGAUCUAACCAAUUACUUAAAACAAGUGAAGAGUAAAGGAGAACGUAUCAGUGAAAAAAUUAUUGGAAAAUGGCUUGUACAAAUUAUAUUGGCCACAGUUUAUAUGCACAAAAAUAAAAUACUUCACCGUGACUUAAAAACAAGUAAUAUAUUUUUAAAGAAUGGGAAUAUUAAAGUUGGUGAUUUCGGUAUUUCGCGUUCACUGGCCACAACUGAAGAACUGGCAACUACGUUUAUUGGGACUCCUUAUUAUAUGAGUCCGGAAGUUUUGAAGUACGAAGGAUACAAUAAUAAAUCAGAUAUUUGGUCAAUCGGAAUAAUUCUGUAUGAACUAUGCACCCAAAGAAGAGCAUUCGCUGGAACUAAUUUAAUGCGUGUUAUGUGGCAGGUGAUAAAUGACCCUUGUCCUCAGCUGCCGGAGAUUUAUCCAAAAGAAUUGCAAGAGGUUUUAGAACUAAUGUUAAAGAAGACUCCCCAAGAACGGCCAUCUGCUUCAGAACUUCUUCAAUCAAAUGCGGUACACCCGUACUUACGUGAUUUAUACAAUGAAAUUAUAUUUCACAUACAAAACGAAUUAUCUGAUGAAAAUCGGAAGGAUGGGAGCGAAUCUAAUUUACUUAUGUCGUUUGAAGAAUUUAUUAGUUCACCUGAUUCAAUUUUGCACAAACAACAGUCAAUUGAAAACGCUGAGAAGUUUUCAAUACAAUUAAAUGAAGAGAUUGAAGAGAAUGUAGAACAUUCAGAAGAUCAGUACUUAACGCCACGUCAAAAAAUUAAAUUAAAUAAAGCAACUGAAUCAGAUAGAUCUAUUGCAGUCUUAAGAGAUUUAGCAGAACAGCUUACACAUACUCGGAAUAGUUUAAAUUCUACAAAGGAAAUACAACUGUUCACCUGGCAGAAAGGAUAUCCAUCAUUGAAUCAUAUAUGGCCUACAAUUCGAAUGCCUACAGAGAAACUGCUAAAUGAAUUAAAAAACCUUUAUUUAGAGAAAAUAAACGAUGAAACAAGCGUGAAGGAUGAACUAGAUGAUGAUUUGGAAAAUGGAGGUGAUUUAUUUUGGUCAAAGAAACCAGAUUUAAACGACAGUAAAAAAUUGCCAGGUAAAGGUCCAGGUGCUGAAGAUGAAAGUCUUGGAACAUUUUAUUUUGUAAAUUCUACAAAACAUGGAAAUGAACAAAUCGAAGAUUUAACUAACAAUAUGAGUUUUACUGAAAUAAAAUAUUUUUAUCCUUCACCUAGAUUAACUAGUCCAAUUUACGAUUAUGUCACAAUGGAUGAACUUAAAAAACAAGUUGAUAUUCACGAUGACCCUAAUAUUAAUAAAAAGGAUAAUAAUAAUCAAGAGAAUCUGUUUAUACGUCGACAAUUUACGUUUUCAGAAAUGUUAAGUCAAAACUUUACACAAUCAGCAAGACAGCUGAGUGAUAUUAAUAGUUCCAAAUUGAAAUGUAAUAGUGUCUUUACUGACGAUACCCAACUAAUGGAAACUUAUUACACGAAUUAUGAUAAUGAACUGUUAGAUUAUACAAACAAUUUCAAUAAGAAGAAUUUACAAGAAUUAAUAGAAAAUGAAAAUAUUCUUCAAAAUGAUCUGGAAGAUAUAGAAAAUCAAGAUAAUGUAGAUUCAACUGAAACAUUGAACGAUGUACUUGUUUGCAUGAAAGCAGCUUUGUGUCACCCUGAAGACAGUAAUACAAUAGUCUUGGAUGAUGAAGCUAAGACCAUAUUUAGUCCAGAGGCUAAAGCUAAAAGAAUUGAUGCUUUAAAAAAAUACUGCAUCGACAAACUUGGCGAAAAAGAAUUUCACAAUGCAUAUCACUAUCUUUAUCAAAAACGUAUUUUGGAAAAAAAUCAAUCUGGUGAACUAACAAUACUAAAUGGCUUAAAAUCUUAUUGUUCCGACGUGACUACCGGGUUUCUACUUGAUCAUUUAUUAUUUCUUGAAAAUGAUGCAGUAAAACAAACAAUAA